UUUUUUUUCCCUCUCUCUUCUUUUUUUUUUUUACUCUCUCUCUCUCUUUCUUUCUCUUUUUUUUUCUUUUUUUUUGUUUGUAAAUAGAAUUCUUAAAAAAAAAAAAGAUAGGACAUAUAUAUCUUUCCAUUUUUUUUAAAAAAAAAAAGAAGUAAAAAAAAUCAUAUAAUACAUCAAUAUGUCAAACCCUAAUAACCGACCUGGUUAUCGAGGUAAUCCAUCCGAUCCACGACUAUCCCAACAACCACAAGGCUAUGGUCAAAGACCUGUGUCUCAACAUUUACAACAAGGUCAACCUAGACCUCAGCAAGGUCAACAGGGACAACGUAUUCAAUCGUAUGGUAUGGAUCAAUUAAAUCGACCUCGUCCUCCACCUCAUAAUCGUCCCCAAGGUGGUCAACAACAACGAUCAUCUCGUACACCUCAAGGUAUGUCUCCCCAACCACAAUAUCCCCAGCAACAACAACAACAGCAGCAGAGAGCCUCUCGUGAGCAACAACAGUACCAGUCGUCAAGACAGCAAGGCGGUCGUCCUAUGCGACCUCCUAGUAACUAUGCCAACGCCAAUCCUGCUAUGGGCAGUCCUCAUGGUGGUGGACAGGGACCUUAUCGUCGUGUGAGUAUGAAUCGAUCUCGGUCACUUUCUCGUCCCGAACGUCAGCGACCCAGAACGGGUAUGAUUCGAUCUCCUUCUCAGCAACAGCGAAUCAACCAACAACAGCAACAACAACAACAACGAUAUGGACCCAACGGGCCUCCUCCUAAUAUGAGAGCACGACCCAAUAAUCAACCCAUGCCCAACCGUUUACAACAUCAAUUACAACAACAAAAAUUAUAUCAACAGCAAGAAGCGUUAUUAGAUCAACCUGCAUCAGCCAAUAAUCAUCCAAAGAAACAAGAAAUACCAGAAGAAAAAGUCAAGGUGCUGACCAGUUGGUGGGCUUGGCUUGCCUUUUUAAUGACUUGUUGUAUUCCCAAUUGGUUCUUACGUGCUUGUUUGAAAAAGAGAAAUGCCAUGGUUCAACAAGCCUGGCGAGAAAAGCUUUCUUUGUGUUAUAUCAUUUUACUUCUUUGUGGUGCACUUGCAUUUAUCACAUACGGUUUAAAUCAAACAUUAUGUCCUGCAGCGAAUAUGAAUUCGGCCUACUCUAGUGUGAACAAGGGUGUGCGUAUACCCGUUUAUUACAACAACAUGCGAGUCUUUGGUCAAAUCUAUCCUAGUGAUACCAUCAAAUCUUUCUUUGCAACCAAAGGAAUGAACUUGACCAAUGAUUACGAAAACACCGAUUUAGCCUCCAUCUUCAAUGGUGACGUCAAUGGCGAUUGUACAAAGUUUCAACAAGCUCCUUUAGCUUGUGCUCUUGUCAACCCAUAUGGCGGUGGCAUGCAAGCUCCCAACAAUACUUGUUUAUCACUGGCUGAACUCCAAAGAUUUGCCAAAUCUUCCGGUGUCCUGGGCUACGAUUGGGCUGAUUUGGAUAAAAAUUCAAUUACGGGUCAUGGUCUAGCUUUAGUAGGCGAUUCAGUCUUGAAUUUAACAAAAUAUCUCAACUUGGCUACUCCACCUUUUGGCGUGCAAGUGGAUCAUGCGAUCCGUAAUAACUUGGCUAGUGAUUUAUCAUACGCUUUAUUGUUCACGGAAGCGGGUAAAGAAGCCCGUAAGUGUCUUGUAUCUCGUUACAAGAUUGGUAUUAUGGAAACGGAGACGGGCGGAUGUAUUGCCGAUUCAAUGAUUAUGACCUUGAUGCUUGUCGUGAUUAUUGUGAUGAUUGUCAUUCGUUACUCUAUGGCCUUAUUGUUCCAAUGGUUUAUCUCUCGUCGUCUUACCAAACCCGGUGGUCGAUCCAACUGGUUAGCCUGGCGUUCUAUCAAGGGUGGUAACGAAGAUCCUGCCAAUCAUAUUCCGGGCCCUUACAACAACUAUGGACCGAUGAAUAACAAUACUGGCUCGACCACGUCUUUGGGUUCCGGUUCAUCUUCUCGUGGGACUCCCGCUUUUAGCGAAAGUUCCGCUGUGGGAUUGGGUGGUGCACGCUCCGAUAUUGUUACAACAGAGUUGUACACUGUACUUUUAGUCACUUGUUAUUCCGAAGGUGAAGAGGGGCUCAGAAUUACUAUGGACAGUUUGGCUGAAACCACUUAUUCUAAAAAACACAAGAUUUUCUUUGUUAUUGCGGAUGGUAUGAUUACCGGCGCUGGUGAAUCUAAAUCAACCCCCGAUAUUGUUGUCAGUAUGAUGGACCUUGAUCCUACUAUGGUUAACCCCAAACCUUCGUCUUACCUUGCCAUUGCUGAUGGUGAAAAACAAUUGAAUAUGGCCAAAGUGUACGCUGGUCAUUAUAAAGGUGUUCCAUGUAUCACUAUUGUCAAAUCAGGUACAGAAGAAGAAGCCAAUGGAGCUAAGGCGGGUAAUCGUGGUAAACGUGAUUCUCAGUUGAUUUUGAUGAGUUACUUCCAACGUGUCUUGUUCAACGAUCGUUUGUCGGAACUUGAUUAUGAGAUCUUUUGGAAAAUGACUUGGUUGAUGAAGGGUGUUACACCUGAUAAAUUCGAAUUAGUAUUAAUGGUUGACGCCGAUACCAAGGUCUUACCGGACGCUUUAACCUAUAUGGUUGCUGCAAUGGCAAACGAUAUUACUAUUAUGGGAUUGUGUGGUGAAACAAGAAUUGCCAAUAAGAAAGCUUCAUGGGUUACUGCUAUUCAAGUGUUCGAAUACUAUAUUUCUCAUCAUUAUGCCAAAUCGUUUGAAUCUCUCUUUGGUAUUGUUACAUGUUUGCCCGGUUGUUUCAGUAUGUACCGUAUCAAAUCCCCCAAGAACGGGGCUUGGGUUCCUAUUUUAGCCAAUCCAGACAUUAUUCUUGAAUACAAUCAAAACGUGGUCACUACGCUUCACGAAAAGAACUUGUUGUUGCUUGGUGAAGAUCGAUUCUUGUCUACCUUGAUGCUUCGUACUUUCCCUCGACGUCAAAUGAUGUUUGUCCCGCAAGCGCGUUGUAAGACGGUGGUACCGGAUGAAUUUAAAGUGUUAUUGUCACAACGUCGUCGUUGGAUUAAUUCAACUGUACACAAUCUGAUGGAAUUGGUACUCGUUUCGGAUCUCUGUGGUAUUGCUUGUUUAUCCAUGCAAUUCUCCGUCUUUAUUGAUUUGAUUGGUACAUUGGUGCUUCCUGCUGCUAUUGUCAUGACUAUUUAUUUGAUUGUGAACACUGCUAUCUCAGAUAGCCCUCAAUGGCAGUCACUUGCAUUGCUUAUUGCUAUCCUUGGUCUUCCUGCGGUUUUGAUUGCAAUCACGACAUUUAAGCUUGUUUAUUGUUUAUGGAUGAUUGUGUAUUUAUUUGCUUUGCCCAUCUGGAAUUUUGUGUUGCCAUUGUAUUCCUUCUGGCAUUUCGAUGACUUUUCAUGGGGAGCAACCCGUGUUGUUGAAGGAGAGAAAAAGGAUACUGGACAUGGAGAUGCAGAAGGUAAAUUUGAUCCUACACGUCUUGUUAUGAAGAAAUGGGAGGAUUGGGAGACGGAAAGAACCGGUCAACGUUUCAAUAAGAAGAUGACUCUGAAAACCCCUCUUGAUUCCCCUGCCGCCUUUGACGGUAAAAAUACAAUUACACCUUCCACCCCAUCUUCCUUUGGUACCAUCUUUAAUGAUAGAAAGAUGUUUAAUUCUUCUCCUGCACCUACCAUCACAUCACCCACUCCUCCACCACCACCAUAAUUUUAAUCUAUUAUAUAUAUAUAUAUUGCUUCUUAUAUCCCCUCUUUCCCUCUCCCCCCCUUCUACUAUUUUUUUUACAGAUAAAAAAAAAAAUCUCCUUUACACACACUUAUAUAUAAAAACAACAAAAAAAUAAUAAUCAUCAACGUCUUUAAUA